AUGCCAGAGGAAUUUAAACUGAAGUAUCCGAAGACCAGAGUCAUUAUCGAUGCAACGGAGAUCAAAUGCGAGGUGCCGAGUUCGUUCGUACUUCAGUCAGAGACAUAUUCCAACUACAAGUCAAGCAACACACUCAAGGGCCUGGUUGGAGUGUCUCCUGACGGAACACUGACAUUUGUUUCUGCUCUCAGUACAGGCUGCAUAUCCGACAAGGAGUUGGUCAAACGUAGUGGGUUUCUCUCUCUGCCAUUUAACAUUGGUGACGUCGUAAUGGCUGAUAAAGGGUUCGUUAUCAAGGACGUCCUGAAACCUGUUGGCGUACACCUAAAUAUGCCCCCAUUCCUGAGAGAUGGACGGUUCUCGGAAGAAGACGUCAUGGAAACAGAGAUGAUUGCCUCCCUUCGCAUUCACGUAGAAAGACGGAUUCAAAGGAUCAAAAGUUUCCACAUAUUUGACCGGAGAAUUCCGACAACACUUGCACCACUUGCUAACCAGAUAUGGACAGUCUGUGCUAUAUUGACAAACUUUCAGUCACCCCUGAUUAAGUCUUCCAGACCUGCUUCUAUGACUUGA